AUUUUAUCGGUAUAGUCGGUUUUAUAAAAAGUUUUUACACCAUUUGCUUUUAGCCUAUAGCGUAAAAUAAACUAAAAGUAAAGCUUUCAAAGCCGCAAGCAUGUCAUGGAUGCAAGUUGGCAGCCGAGCAUUCUUUGCUGGCAGCAGCAACACUCAGCGAGGACGUGACGAGACCGCAGGAUCUAAGCCUGCCGUAAGUGGCGCGCGCCGCCAACACACCACUGCAACGAUCGGCAGCGGCAACGGAUCUCAGAUCCGCAAUGAUUUGGCCGGUCAACGAGGCGGACAGCCGUCAAGGAUACAGCCACCAAAAAUUCAGACGCACAAUGUGCACCAGCAAAACGUUCCGCAGCCAAUAGCACCAAAGUCAGUGGUGAAGCAGCAGCAAAGCCAAUUAAAGCCCGAAGAUUUGAAUGAGCGAGACUGCAUGGUGCUGUCGAAUCCCACCGUAAAUGAUCUUAUGAAGAUCAUUCACAAUGCGUCCACCACACGUGACUUGAAACGGGUAAUCAUACUGGGUGGCACGACGGCCACGAACACGCAACAUGCAGAGUCUCCAGAGCCACAGAAAGAGGUUCCACUACAAAAUACUCUUACGAGGGAAGAGUUCGACCGAAUCGACACCGAUCGGAUUGCCAUUUCCCGCAAGCACAAACAGCAUCAGCAAAUGGCCAAGUGUAGGUGUCAGAAGACCACGCAUCGCUGUCGCAUAAUAGACAAGCCGCGCUUGCGUCGCGUUUUCUUGCGCGGGUAUCCAAUAUUUUACAACAUGCAGCCCCACUCGUCUGAGAUCACUCUCAAUGGAACCAUUGGUGAUGCAGUCGACUACUUGCUACCGCUCGAAGUCAGCAAUGAGGCGACACAGCUGUUGAUGAUGUCGCCUGAAGGUGUGCCCAAGCUGGUACUCGACAGCAAGGCAACGAAGAAGCUAUUGGAUAAGGAGAAGGCAGAAGCAGAGCCCGUUGCUCUGCCCCGAGUGCUAGAUGGCGGCCUCGAGCACCAGAUGGCCAUGCUUAAUGCACUCUAUGAUCGUAGUCCGUUGUUGUCACGUUCUGGCAGUUCGCACUCGUUUACUCACGAGGAUAUCAGUAGCUAUCUAAAGGAGGCCAAAAAAGUGCCUCUGCCGGAGACGUCCGAUUCUCUUGAAGAAGAUGAAACCUCCAAAAAAGUGUGCGCCCACUUGAAUGCUGCCCGGGGAUGUGGCAUCUGUAGCUGCGAAAUGUGCACCAAUGCCGCAAUGGCUUUGAGCGUCAGCUCGGCCAAGCGAAUGGUUGAUGAAGCUGUGCGGGCUGCGGUCCAGCCAGCUCCUCCUCAAGCUCCUCCCGCAGCACCCGCUCCUUCGGCGGCUUCUGUCGCAUCAGCCAAACCCGUUAAGUCAACCAUCGCACCAUCGCCUAGUGCGGAACCGAAAAACACACGGUCCCACUAUAUUAUCAACUUGGCACACAUGCUCCUGGUCAUCGCCUGCCUGCGUGGCAUCAUUUAGAGAAGCCCCGACUAUACAUGUGGCAUACAUUCCGAUCACAUGUAUGUUUACAUUCAUAUCCAUCAAAAUCUUUCGGCCGCUGCAUAAAGACACAUUUCUGCAUAACAUGUGUGUCGAAAUUGCUUUAAAAAAUUGUUCUAGAGUAUUAUUGGCGAUUGCUAUAUCCGUACACGUAUAGGUACACAUUUAUGUCGUUGCACACAAUUUGUAUAAUAAACAAACAAAA